AAAUGAUGUCAUCAUGCCGGGAUCCUCCUCCGCCCCAUGCUAGCGGCGUCAGAUCCCGGAAACCAGCCGCACGGAGCGGCCUAGAGCGGGCACAGAGGCAGCCAGGCCUUGUGGAAUCAGUGUCCACACAGUGAUCAGGGCUGUGCGUUGUUAGGCCCCUUAGAACGCACUGAUCCCCGGACUCGCCUCUGCACCAGGCCGCCAUGGAGCUCAGGAUCCCUGGGCUCUUGCGUGGUUUCCCACCGCACGAUGAGAACGGUCACAACAGCUUCCAACUACCCGGACCCGCCUUUAAGGACUUUCCUUUUUUACCCGGGCAUCCUCAGCUUAGCAAAAGGGUUCGUAAGCGUCUGUACUAUGGUUGGGAGGCAGAUUGCCCCAUGGAAAACUUGUCUAGCCCAGUGGCCGAUAUAGCUGUGGAAUUGCUGCAAAAUGCUGCCCCCAGCCCUAUCCGUCGUUUGCAGAAAAAAUAUGCAGCACGCGUUUCCCGGGAGGCCUGCAUCUCUCCCUGCUCUAUGAUGCUGGCCUUGGUUUACAUAGAGCGACUUCGUCACCGCAAUCCUGAGUACCUGCAGCAGAUUUCAUCAUCUGAUCUCUUUCUCAUAUCAAUGAUGGUCGCCAGUAAGUAUCUCUAUGAUGAAGGUGAGGAGGAAGAGGUGUUUAAUGACGAAUGGGGCGCAGCCGGAAGACUAGAUGUCCAAACUGUGAACAAUCUGGAGAUGAAUUUCCUCCGAGCAAUCGACUGGAGUCUAUACACCCAUCCGAGGGAAUUCUUUGAAGUGCUGCGAUGGCUGGAGGGGAGGGUGGCAGAACAGCAAGGUAUGAAGCGGGGCUGGUUCACCUACACAGACCUGUCUGUCCUCCUGGAACAGGACCUCUGGCAGAAAGUCUUCAGUGAUUUGUGCCAGCAAGUAAGCAAGCUGGCCUGUAUUCUUGGUUUGGUGUACUUAACUGGAGUUGCCACCAUAUUUGCAUCUGUUGCGGUUUUGCACAAGGCUACCUGGGAGAUGAAUGGAACAACCCUGCUUCCCUCUGUUACAGAGCAGACUUCAGACGUGUCUGUGCCGCUUUUUAUUCCACUUCCACCAGAGGAGAACCCCAGCACUAGUCCGAUCAUUCUUCCACGCUCCAUGGAGGAUGAGUGCUUGGAGAGAAGGCCAAGCGUCACGGCUACAGCACUCUGUCUUUGGGGCUCAGUUCUGACAGCACUUACUUAUAGCGAUACAGGAGGAAGUGCAAGUGAGGAAUUGCGACCUCCUGAUGGUAAUUGUCCUUAUUGCUCUAAACCAAAAUUGUCCACAUGGCCUAAAACCAGCAGUCCUAAAAACGCCACACAGUGUGGUUCCAACCAGCCACUAAUCUGUGCCUUUUCUCGACUGAAUCACUAUGGCUUCCCUCACACACUGCUUUGUUCCGGCUGCCCAAAUUCUUGUACCGUAAAACAACACGACCCCAUCCUUUCACUGAGCCACAUGUCAGAGGGAAACUUGCCCAAUAACUUGGAGUUAAAAACUUUUAUUGUCCCAGGUUAGCUAGAAUUCAAGGCACAAUGGCUCAUUUGGACUCAAGUGGUAUGCACCACUCUCUCCCCGUAAGUUACGCCUUUGCUUUUAUAGGACUUCAGCUGCAAAUUAAACACUACUCAUUUUUACUAUAUAAAUAUUAAUUUCUGGGUUUACAUGACUAGCAAUGUGAGGGAUUGUUUAGUAGUAGUGAAGUUAAUAUCAGUCCUGCAUUUCUGUAAAACUGUUUCCAAUGCAAAGUAGACUAACAAUCUUUACUAAAAAUAUAAUAAAAGUACACCAAGCAAUUUAGAUGAUUGCUAUAAAAGUUUUAACAUGCACAAAAAUCUGACUAUUUUACACAGCUUCUGAAUUAUGUCUGACAUUUUUGUAAUGUAAUAUUUAGUGCAAAUCUUGUACAACUUGGUCAUCACUAUGUUAACACUAGUGUUAAUCAUACUUGCCUACUGUUAAUCAUACUUGCCUACCUGACCCUCUCCAUGAUGGAGAAAAUGCUCUGUUCCUGGACUUUCCAGAUAAUGUAUGAUUUGCCAUCACCUGUGGUGAAACACCUUUCUUAUCAAUAACUAGCUCACCACAGGUGAUGGCAAUCAUACAUUACCAGGAAAGUCCAGGAACAGAGCAUUUUCCCCCUCAUGGAGAGGGUCAGAUAGGCAAGUAUGGUGUUAAUAUUUUCACCAUUGUUCUUAAAAUUAUCCUGUAAGCCAGGCAUUCCCAACCACGGUCCUCAAGGCACACCAACAGUGCAAGUUUUAGUGAUAUAUAGGCUGCAGCACAGAUGGUUAAAUCAAAAGAACUGAGCUACUAAUUAAGUCACCUGUGCUGAAGCCUGGAUAUCACUAAAACCUGCACUGUUGUACCUUGAGGACUGUGGUUGGGAAUGCCUGCUGUAAGGGUUAAACAUUUAUUUAUAAAAAAAAAAAACCCAUAGCAUGUUACUUGAGGCAAUAUAGAAGCCUGGCUCUAGGAGGCAGAUUAACUCACUGUGUGGGUUCAUACGGCAAACUCAAAGAUUAGUAACGAUGCUAUCUUUUUACAUGGGUGGUAUUCAGUAUACUGGUUGUUGGGAUCCCGGCACCGGCAUACCGACACUUUUUCUCCCUCUUGGGGGUCCACGCCCCUCCUGGAGGGAGAAUACUACGCAGAGUGGUGAGCCCGCAAGUGGCUCAUUUGUGCUCACCCUGCUGUCGGUCGGGAUCCUGGCGCCGGUAUGGUGGCCGUCGGCAAUUGAUACUACACCCUUUUUACAUAACUCAUCUGUACUGGAGGAAACAUAUGUAACAGUUUACUUUUUGCAGUGGAAAAUCGUUGGAUAUAACCGCAUACCUGCCUGAAUGAUAUUGUAAAUAUACAAUGGUUUUUUUUUUUUUUUUAUGAGUUUGUCAUCCAGACCCCCACUGCUUAUUCGCAUGUUGUAUCUCAUUACAGUGCUACUGCUAUAAGCCUCAUUUUCUGCAAGUUCUGCGUGAUUUACAUGUUACCCAAUGACAUUGUUGCACUGCGCUUUGUGUCUGGUUGCUGAUUAGUCAGCCUGGGACCUUUGUUAUAGAUUUAAUUGAUGGUAUGUAGGGGAUGCAUGGCGAACUGUCAAGUGGUUUUGCAUGGCACAGAGAACCAUUUGUGUGACUGACGCUGGAAACCCAACACCAUUUGGAAUCCUGGCACCGGAACACUGACCGCCGACAUCCUGAUUAUAAGUGUCUGGGUCACUGUUAGGGGGAGGGGUUAGGGGCUAGAGGGGAUGAAGUUAGCUGUAGCCGCCACCCCCGAGUCGGCCCUAACAGCCACCCCCGGUGUCUAAGCCCUAGCUUCCACCCCAGGCAGGUUAGGGUGGGGACAGAGGAGGAGUGAAAUAAUGACCCUGUCCCCAUUCUCAUUGUCACGAUGCCUGUGCUGGUCAUGUGACUGAUGCCGGAAUCUCGACACCACUCGGGAUCCCACCCGUGGAAACAUCCUAGAGGCUUAAUGUGAUUAUUAGUGAAUGUCCCACUGGGUUUUUAUUGAAUGCUUGAUGGUACAGACUACAAGACCUGCAGCAACAAGUACUGGAUUUAGGUUAAAAACACUAGGCAUAAUCUCUAUUACUGACAUGGCUUACUAUGAAAGGAAAAAGUUAUCACACUAAUUUGUCCAGGUGUGGUACUUAGAUCGCAUACCACGUAUUUGUGGAUGAUGCCACAUUAAGGAGCAUUUCACAUGGGAGUCUAAAAUGAAAACAAGGAGCUGAGGAUGAAACCCACCUCGAGGUGAGGACCCAGCUAUGUCACAAUAGGAACAUUACACUGGUGCAUUACAACUCAUUCUAAUUUGACAUUUCUUACAGUGUGACAUUAAAGUGAAUGGGGAAAGAUAGUCCUCAAUCACACCAGAUUGUGCUCCAGCAGUGCAGUCUUUUAGACUGUUGAAAUGCCCUAUUGUGACCAGAGCAGCUGUUUCCAUUCACUUUACUAUCAGAUUCUGGGAGAGUUUCAUCUUUUCAGCACGCUGCAGAGUCUUGGUUAGGAUACGGCAACCUACUAACCACUGCCUUGUGUUAGGAACUAUGCUGGAUGCUUUUUCCACACUUCUUUCUUGCUGUAUUACUAUUCUUUAUAUUUAGCCUCAUGGAAACUAAGCUGUAGAGACAAGAAUUUCCACUAUUGCUACUCGUUCUCUGUUGAACAGACAGGCUGGUCAGUGCCACCUACCUCCAGGUCCACCUCCAACUCUAUUAUAGGCUAUAAAACGUGGUGUUGGGAAGAUAAUUACAACACCAAUUGGAAGAUUUAUGGGGGAAAUGGUAAGGUAACCCUCGGCAACCAACUACGUUCUGUCACUUUUCCUGAUGGAUGCCCAGUUAUCAAACAUGUAUGUGUAUCUGUGGUGGGGGUCCCACAUCAAACGGCACAGCAAUAAUACCGGUUGAAAGAUUAGUUUAUAAAAUAUGGGAUUAUUUACCCCAAAAAAUAUCCAAUGCUGCGGGUAAUUAACCAAUCGGUAACUAGAUUUAAUAAAGAGAUUAGACCACAGUGCAAGUUUAACACUGAAAGUGAAUGUCUGGCUGCUAUGGGUAUUGUAUGUUUUCACUAAGCGAAUAAUGGUUAUGAUCUAAAUGUGACUUUCUUAAAAGGGCUGUCAGUCUAUUUUUAACUAAUGCUAGGAUAACAUGAUAGCUAAAACCUUUAAAUCUGCUCCUCACACUCCUACUCUGGUGUAUGUAACUUGUACCUGAUAUCUGUACACUGCAGAGUAGCCGUGGGAUUGGAUUAAUAUCAAUGAGCUCGCUAAGGCAUGAGACUACUCGUUUCUUGUGAAUUAAUAAAGGUGGCCACUUCACAAAUUGGCUGCCGUCACGGUGAGUAGCCUGUUAGGGGGAUCAUGAUAGAUGAUGCUGGUUUUGUUAACCUGUUAACCAAUGGACUAGCUGAGCCCAGGUAUAAGGAAGUCAGCAUUAAGUGCAGAAAAUGUACGUUAUUUAUGUGUAGAAACAAAGCAUAUUCAUGCUGAAGAAGUAGAUUUGUUACUGAGACAUCAUACCACAUGAUCAGGAGAUUAAAGGGGGGUUUACAGGGGAGAGAUGUGUGCUGAGCGAGGCGGGGGGAGGACGGGGGCCGCUCAUUUCACCCAGCAGGAGAAAUGAGCGACCUGCUAGAUUGGCCUGCAUGCAGGCUCAAUCUAGCAGCGGCGAUAGCGAUGUGCGGGGCCGCGCAUCGCUAUCGCUGUGGGGGCUACACACGAGUGAUCUGUGUUUAAAAUCUAAGUAAUCUAGUCAGAUUGCUUAGAUUUUAAGCAUGGAUCUCUCCGUGAGUACCCCCCUUAAUUAGAAACUACAGCAAUGCUCAUUUUAAAUGCCUUCCUUUUUGCUACCUUUCAGUCUUCCGUACUUCAAUUUCAAAGUGACCAUUGUUUAAAAAAUGCUUUUAUUUUAAAACCUGCUGCUUCCUGUCCCUUCUCAUUCUGUAUUUUGCUUCUGUUUUUUUGCUUUCUACUUUGAUGUAUGAAAAUUAAGAUUUCACACUAUAAUCCAGUGGUUCUCAAUCUGUGUGCCGGGGCCCUUACAGGGGUGAAGUGGAUUGGUGAUCCAGGACCGAUUCAAAUCAUUUAUGGUCAAUGUAAUAGGUCAAACCAGUGUUGAUGGCUGGAAAUCAUAAAACUUUUUUACAAACAGAAGUGAAUCUUGUCCCUUACCACAUAAUUGAACCGAAGGAUGACAUAAAAACACAAUAUACUUAAUUUACAUUUUUCUUUUUCUAAAUUUCUUAGUUAAACACACUUGGCCUAGGGGUGCUGUGAAAAAAAUUCUGAUACUCUAGGACGCCGUGAUUCAUAGAAGUUUGGAACCACUGCUUUUGGGGAUGGUCAUUAACCAUAGAUUACUGUCAAUCAUUAUUAUUAUUAUUACUACCAGUUAUAUAAUAAUAAUAUAGCGCACACAUAUUCUGCAGUGCUUUUCAGAGAAUAUUUGCCCAUUCACAUUAGUCCCUGACCCAGUGGAGCUUGCAAUCUAUAUUCCCUACCACAUGUACACACAGACACAUUCACUAGGGUUAAUUUUGUUGGGAGCCAAUUAACCUACCAGUAUAUUUUUGGAUUGUCUGAGGAAACAGGAGAACCUAGAAGAAACCCACGCAAGUACGGGGAGAAUAUACAAACUCCGCACAAUAAGGGCCAUGGUAGGAAUCGAACCCAUGACCUCAGUGCUGUGAGGCAGUAAAUAAUCAAUGAUUUGCAGUCAAUGGAGGAGAUCCAAUUUGUUCUCCUCAAUCGAUGGUUAGGGGGACAACAAUGUAUUUUUUAUUUCCCCCCCCCCCCCCUCUGUGCAGGAGGCAUGUAGCUCAGCCCCACCCCCUGAUGCACCACUAAGCUGUGCCUCCUUCCCUGAUUGGCCCAUUGACCUGUGCCAACCAUGGAUUGUUCCCCAUUGAUGGUUUCAUGCCAAUUGAUGGCCACCCUUAGUCCAUUCCUUCCUCUUUUCCUCCUUAUUUCACCUUUGAAAUUGUAUUUUGUAAUUCUAUUAUAUAAUAAGUACUCCCCUCCCAGCUAUGUUCUGGAGCCUGUGUCAUCAGGGAUUCUAGUUAAAGGUAUCCUAAGUUAUAUCUAACUUAUUUUCAAACUUGCAUGAUCUAUUCAGGUUUGCUGAACUGCUCAUCUAUUCUUUUCAUUAUAUUUGUUGCACUGGGUAAAAUGACUUUGUGUAUGGCCUGGUUUCAUUUGAUUUCUCUGUAAUAAUUAAGAUAUUUUUCACUGUUUUUGAAUAAAGCCUCAUCUCCACUGUAUUUCAAUAAAAGCAUUUAUUCACCCUGCAA